GGAAACGAUUCUUCCAACCCAAUUAUCCCCGAAAUCCCGUCUAUCAUGCAUACAUAAUACGAGUCACACACGCUUCGACCUUACUUAAUACAAUUUCCGAGUUAUAUUAACUGCUACAAUAGGGAUUUCAUGAAGAAGAUCUUCGAAAAACCACUGGCUGCUACCUCACAAUCCCAGAAUACGGGGCAGUCACCUAGCGGGCAAAAUCAAGUGCAACAAGGAUCAAACGUUGCCAAUACGAAGCCCAGGCUAUCGGACAAUUUGGGCGCUGUGGGCUCGAAGAUCUCUUCGAGCGCCGCGAAAGCCCCUGUUCGAGCCGAAACCCGCCGACUAUCAGACCGCCCAGUGAGAAAUACACGGGCGUCCCAGCCGCUCACUGUAGACUUGGGAGACUUUGAGGACCUGCCUGAGGUCGAGAGAUUUUCGGAGAUACACGGUCUGGGUCCUCCCUGGAAGAAGUCACUCAACUACAAUUCCGGACGACGCCGUGCGGUAGUUGACUUCCAGGAUCUAGAGCGUCUUGAUGAUGGUCAAUUUCUCAACGACCAGCUCAUUGAUUUCUAUCUCCUAUAUCUAUUCGACCAAGCCAACGUUCCUCGCGACAAGGUCUACCUUUUCAACACCCACUUUUUUACUACACUAACACGCAAGGUACCAGGCCAGAAGGGCACGUUCAACUACCAGGGUGUCGCAAGGUGGACAGCCAAGGAAGAUAUCUUUGGCUACGACUACAUUGUCGUGCCCAUCAACCAAGAUAUCCAUUGGUACCUCGCGAUCAUCUGCAAUGUGUCCAACAUUGCUCGCACCCCGGCAAUCGCGGAUCCCCCAAAGAGCGACAAAAUCGGCUCGGCGGCCGCACAAGACCCGGACAGCGAGCCAUCAGGACAUGAGGCUAAGGUUGAAGAUUUUCAGUCGAUACCAGCGCCCGCACUAGUUGACCAGCCUUCCGAAUCUUCGACAUCACAUGCUGCGAUUGAAGUGGUGGAUCCGGAUGAUUCGGACCUCAACCUGGUUGAUCCACGCGCAACUGGCCCGGACCAUGCCCUGACUGCACCGAGCGGUAGCAGCAGUGUGGCGGAGUCACCUGCUGCGGAGACUGCACAGAUGAAGAAACUGACUCUUAGCGAUAGCAGGCCGGAAUCCGUCUUGCUUAGCAGCACCUCGUCUGCUGGACCCAAGAAGCCCAGACGCAAACUCGGGCCUCCACCCAAAAAGCGAGAUCCGAAUGAGCCCGUCAUCAUUGUGCUAGACUCGCUUGGUGGCAGUGCCAAAAGCGCCGCUAUGCGGGUUCUCAAAGAUUACAUGACUGAAGAGGGCAAAGAGAAGCGUGGUAUGGACGUAGUUAUCCCUGGUAAUGUUGUUUACGCCAAAGAGGGCCAGAUCCCACAGCAGCAAAACUUUGUCGAUUGUGGUAUAUAUCUCCUGGGAUACGCGCAGCAGUUCUUUACAGACCCGGACCUCUUCAAAAAACGGCUUCUUUCGAAUGAAAUGCAGGUCGACGCCCACUGGCAGGAUAUGACGAUGUCAUCGAUCCGCGCUGGCAUGCGAGAUAUCCUUCAAAGGCUAUAUAGAGAGCAAGAGGCAGAGCGUGAGAAGGCGAAGAAGGCGAAGAAACAGGAAAAGAAAGCAAGGCCGGAUACCACUGUGGACGCUGCAAAGAAUCACGUGGAGCAGAAGGCAACGGUUGUCAAGCAGGCAGAUGCGCCGACUUUGACAGGAGAUGCGAAGAAAACCACGCCCACUCCAGAAACGACCAACAAAGUGAAGCUUUCUACUUUGUCAAACGCCGAGCCGCCUCCCAUGCUUGGUCCGCCGUUCGAGCCUCGGUCUUCUCCAAAGCGCGAUAGGUCUUGCUCCUCGAAAAGCUUGCCAGCACCCACUCAGACGGACGCCGUACUCAUUACCAAGAAGCAGGGAACACCUGCAACCGAUGGUCAGAACGCUUCCCCCAAUACCAAUGGGCCUCGCAGGAGCGGAAGCCCGGUGGUCUUAAUCCAAUCACCGGCAAAGAAGUCCCCAAAGCGGCCACGGGAACUGAUCCUGGUUGGGUACAGUCAAGAGGAGACGACCAAGAAGAAGGCACGGACCGCUCCCGAAUCGCCAAUAGACUUCUUGGAUGGUGACCCACGGAUAGUCGGUUUACGUUCACCGGACCCAAAGGCUAGAGUUCUCCCCAAACGCUGCGAGGAAGCUUCGACACCUGUAAGGGGAAGCUCUCGCGAUCCCAUCCAGCUCGACGAGUCACAAGAAGCGCCGAUGUCGAGCGAGGAUGCUCCUCAGAGUGCCAAGCGUAAUUCUCAGAGACCUGAUUUCAUCAUCAAGAGUCCCACGAGCGCAAAGGAUACCAGACUUCCACCACCACGGCGGCGCCAGCAGCACAUGUCUUCCCCUGCGAGGACCAAUGUCCAACGCAGCUCUCCUAUACAGCGAAGGAGGGAGACAAGGGCUGCGAAUGAAUCUCCUGACCCAAUCAUCGACCUUGACGACUUUGACGCGGUCCCGCAGCGCAUUCAGAGCCAUGUCCACAGCUCUCGAUCGAACCGGUCCAAGUGGAGGCUUGCGCAAUUUGACGAAGACGUGCCCGAGAAGACAAUCGAGGUCCCGGAAACGCCGCCACAUGACGGGUGAGGUGCAUCGUUUACGAAGGUAAUGCCCAUCAAGCGAUGCGUAUCACCAGGCGUACGUGCGAGUCAGUUCACUGACGAUGACUUCUACUUGUAAUGUACCGACCAAAGCGCGAUAUUGCUAGAGCCGCAGUCCUUACGCCUUUGCUUUGACAUGGAGCAUAUCUCGACUUCCCCAGUAUCUCAUCUUCCUAUCUUUUAUCUUAGCAUGGUGAUAGGCAUGGCUAUGGCGUCUUGUUAUUUUACAUAUGCAUGUAUGAUUGACGACUCUGCAGUCGAAAUCC